GACAAUUAAAGUGGAAGUGUAUGACUGGGAUAGAGACGGAAGCCAUGAUUUCAUCGGAGAAUUCACAACAAGUUACAGAGAGUUGUCGAGAGGGCAAUCUCAGUUCAACGUGUAUGAGGUAAUAAAUCCAAAGAAAAAAGGAAAAAAGAAAAAGUAUGUUAAUUCUGGAACAGUAACAUUGCUUUCCUUCCUAAUUGAAACAGAAGUUUCAUUCCUUGACUAUAUUAAAGGCGGAACCCAAAUCAAUUUCACAGUAGCUAUUGAUUUCACAGCCUCAAAUGGUAACCCUUCACAGCCUACAUCACUGCACUACAUGAAUCCCUAUCAGCUGAAUGCUUAUGGCAUGGCACUGAAAGCAGUAGGUGAAAUUAUUCAGGACUAUGACAGUGAUAAAAUGUUCCCAGCUCUAGGUUUUGGAGCUAGACUGCCUCCAGAUGGAAGAGUAUCACAUGAAUUUGCACUGAAUGGAAACCCUCAAAAUCCAUACUGCCACGGAAUUGAUGGUGUAAUGGAAGCAUAUUACAGGAGUCUAAAAUCUGUACAGCUUUAUGGACCAACCAACUUUGCCCCUGUAAUUAAUCAUGUAGCCAGAUAUGCUGCUUCAGUAAAAGAUGGCUCCCAGUAUUUUGUUCUUCUCAUUGUUACGGACGGAGUUAUUUCCGAUAUGGCUCAGACAAAGGAAUCCAUAGUGAAUGCUUCAAAGCUUCCAAUGUCAAUAAUUAUAGUGGGGGUUGGACCAGCAGAGUUUGAUGCUAUGGAAGAACUGGAUGGUGACGUAGUAAGGAUUUCUUCAAGAGGAAAGUUUGCAGAAAGAGACAUUGUCCAG